AUGGGCAAGGACCAGGAGCUGGUGCAGGCGGUGAAGGCGGAGGACAUCGCGGCCGUGCAGAAGCUGCUGCAGAGGCCCAAGCCCGGCAAAGCCAAGCUCCUCGGAUCGGCAAAGAAAGUCAAUGUCAACUUCCAAGACACCGACGGGUUCUCUGCUCUGCACCAUGCGGCGCUUAACGGCAACACGGAGCUCAUCUCGCUGCUGCUGGAGGCACAGGCUGCCGUGGACAUCAAGGACAACAAAGGCAUGCGGCCCCUGCACUACGCGGCCUGGCAGGGCAAGAAGGAGCCCAUGAAAAUGGUGCUGAAGGCAGGUUCCUCUGUGAACAUCCCUUCGGAUGAGGGCCAGAUCCCCCUGCACCUGGCGGCCCAGCACGGGCACUACGACGUGUCGGAGAUGCUCCUGCAGCACCAGUCCAACCCCUGCAUCAUGGACAACUCGGGGAAGACGCCCCUGGACCUGGCAUGCGAGUUUGGCCGGGUCGGGGUGGUCCAACUGCUCCUGAACAGCAACAUGUGCGCGGCUCUGCUGGAGCCCAAACCGGGGGACACCACCGACCCCAACGGCACCAGCCCCCUGCACCUCGCCGCCAAGAACGGCCACAUCGACAUCAUCCGGCUCCUGCUGCAGGCUGGCAUCGACAUCAACCGGCAGACCAAGGCGGGCACGGCGCUGCACGAGGCCGCUCUCUGCGGCAAAACGGAUGUGGUGCGGCUGCUGCUGGAUAGCGGGAUCAACGCCCACGUCAGGAACACCUACAACCAGACGGCUCUGGACAUCGUCAACCAGUUCACCACCAGCCAGGCCAGCAAGGAGAUCAAGCAGAUGCUGCGGGAUGCCUCCGCGGCUCUGCAGGUCCGGGCCGUCAAGGACUAUUGCAACAACUACGACCUGACCAGCCUCAACGUGAAAGCCGGGGAUGUCAUCACGGUGCUGGAGCAGCACGCGGACGGGAGAUGGAAGGGAUGCAUCCACGACAAUCGCACCGGCAACGACCGCGUGGGAUACUUCCCCUCCAGCCUCGUCGAGGCCAUAAGCAAACGAACAGGUUCAUGGGAGACUGUAACAAUCCCCCAACACUUCCAAAAGAUCCCGCUCCCGGCUUACGGGGCUGCUGUGCUAAACGGUGACGCCUCGUCCCAUCCGUUCCAUUCCCUGCCUCCACCUCCACCUCCACCACCACAUUCCCAUCAGACUCUUUUCAGUUCCUUUGGCUAUCACAGGCUCUCCCCUAGCAGUGCCGACGAGCCGCGUUACGGACAAGGGUCCCGCGGGGCCGACAUGAGCCCGUCCCACCUGUCCCCGUCGCAGGGCGGAUCGGCCACGCCAGCCCCCGCCGAGGAGAUCUGGGUGCUGCGGAAACCCUUCGCAGGUGGUGACCGCAGCAGCCUGGGCAGCACGGGCAGCGUGGCCUCUGCGCGCAGCUCGGGGAGCGGGCAGAGCGCGGGCAGCGGGGCGCACGCCCUGCACGCCGGCUCCGAAGGCGUCAAGCUGCUGGCAACGGUCCUUUCCCAGAAGGCUUCUGCGCAAGAGUCUGCCGUGGGCGAUGGGCCGGCCAAGGCGCAGGACAUCCCCGCAGGUUCGUCGCGGUCGCAGAGCGUGGCCAGCUCCCCCUACGCCCCCCAGCCCCCCGCCGAGCCCCAGCUGAAGAAAAUGGAGCUGCCGUCAGAGGGGAAGAGCUCGGAGGCCGUGUACCAGUGGCUCUGCAAGUUCCAGCUGCAGCUCUACGCGCCCAACUUCAUCAACGCCGGCUACGACAUCACCACCAUCAGCCGCAUGACGCCGGAGGACCUCACGGCCAUCGGGGUCACCAAGCCGGGGCACAGGAAGAAGAUCGCCUCCGAGAUCAACAACCUCAACAUCCCCGAGUGGCUGCCCGAGUACAAACCGGCCAACCUGGCACUGUGGCUCUCCAUGAUCGGCCUGUCCCAGUACUACAAGGUGCUGGUGGAGAAUGGCUACGAGAACAUCGACUUCAUCACCGACAUCACCUGGGAGGACCUGCAGGAGAUCGGCAUCACCAAGCUGGGCCACCAGAAGAAGCUGAUGCUGGCGGUGAAGAAGCUGGCGGAGCUGCAGCGCGCCGAGCUGGGCAAGUACGAGCCAGGCACGCUGAAGAGGAAGGCGUCGGGGCCGUGCCCAGAGGUGCUGACCAUCGAGUCCCCCCCGCCGGAGCCACCCGAGUGCCAGUCGCCCAAGAUGACCACCUUCCAGGACAGCGAGCUCAGCAGCGAGCUGCAGGUGGCCAUGACGGGCGAAACCCCCGAGGAGCCCCCCGAGAAGGCGGCGAACCCCGCGGCCCCCGGUUACCGCUCGCCGCCGGCGCUGGGCGGCCGCGCCCGGCUGAUGAGCAGCUCGCAGGAAUUACUGGGGGACGGCCCGCGGGGCGCCCCCGCCGCCGCCAUCUCCAAGAGCCAGGAGUACCUGGCGGAGGGGGCCGGGGAGAGCCCCCCUGCGCCGCCCAAGGAGAGCCGCCCGCCUCGGCACGGCCACCCCGUGAAGCGCGCCAGCGUGCCCCCGGUGCCCGGCAAGCCCCGGCAGCCCUUCCCAGCCUCCGCCGGGCAGCUGACACCGCCGCAGACCCCCGGCAAGGCACGACCCUCGUCCCCGCAAGGCCCGGGGGCUCCUCACGCCACCGCCAAGGUGAAGCCCACCCCGCAGCUGCUGCCGCCCGGCGAGCGCCCGGCAUCGCCCCGCUCCCUGCCCCAGUCGCCCACGCACCGGGGCUUCGCCUACGUCCUGCCCCAGCCCGCCGAGGGCGAGGCGGCGCCGCCGGGAGUGCCCGUCCUGCCCGUGUCGGUGCCCGUGCUGUGCCUGCCGCCGGCGGGCGAGGGCGAGGAGGAGCCGGGCAGGCCGAAGAAGCGGGCGCACAGCCUGAACCGCUACGCAGCCUCCGACAGCGAGCAGGAGCGGGACGAGCUGCUGGUGCCGGACGCGGGGCCCUACGCCACCGUGCAGCGCCGCGUGGGCCGCAGCCACUCGGUGCGGGCUCCCGCCGGCGGCGACAAGAACGUCAACCGCAGCCAGUCCUUCGCCGUCCGCCCCAAGAAGAAGGGACCCCCGCCGCCCCCUCCCAAGCGCUCCAGCUCCGCCAUCUCCAGCGCCGGCAUGGCCGAGGACUUCCCCAAGGAGGGUGAGGGCGAGGCGGCCGCCGGAGCCCCGAGCGCCGAGGGCGAGGCCCGCCGGGAGCAGCGGCGGGCGAGCGACCUGGGCGGCAGCGUGGACACGGGCAGCGCCGGCAGCGUGCGCAGCAUCGCGGCCAUGCUGGAGAUGUCCUCCAUCGGCGGCGGGGCCCGGGCGCUGGCGCUGCAGAAGCCACACGUGGCGACCGGGCCGGGACCGGCGCCGGCCAAGGCGCCCGAGGGCUACUACCUACAGCCCGGGCCGCCGCCGGGCAGCCCCGACCGGGCCCGCGUGGCCACCGUCCUGGCCACCGUCAAGCAUAAGGAGGCCAUCGGGCUGGACGGGGAGGUGGUGAACCGGCGCCGGACCAUCAGCGGCCCGGUCACCGGGCUGGUGGCAGCCGCCCGCCGCGAGCGCGCCGACAGCGUUCGGUCCGAGGCGGCCGCCGACGGCCCCGGCGAGCGGCUGCGGGUGGAGCGCGGCGGCUCCCCCGAUGGCAUCCCCUUCGCCGAGGACGGCACCCUCACCAUCAAACAGCGACCGCGGCCCCUCGGCCCGGCCCGCGGGGAGACGGGCGAGGGGCUGUCCCCGGCCCACCGCCACGGCGACCUGGCCAAGGUGGAGGCCAGCGCCACGCUCAAGCGGCGGAUCCGGGCCAGGCAGAGCCAGCAGGACGGCGUCCGCUUCGUCCUCACCGAGUCCGACACCGUCAAGCGCCGGCCCAAAGCCAAGGACAAGGAGCCGGCGCUGGAGCCGGCCACGCUCGCCGUGUAUCAGAACGGCACGGGCACCGUGAAGCGGCGGCCGGCCUCGGAGCUGAGCGGGGCUGAGCCGCCGCCCACCCCGCCGCCCGCCGCCCGCCCCGACGGCCCCGAGUUCCUCCCGCCGCCCGCCGAGCCCAAGAAGCCCUACAAGCCGCCGGUGUCCCCCAAGCCUGUGCUGACGCAGCCGCCUCAGAAGAUGCCCGGACCGCCGGUGCCCGUCCCCAAAAAGGUGCCCAUCCCAAGCCCCGGUAGCCCAGAGGUGAAGCGGAUCCAUGGCACGCCGCCCCCGGUGUCCCCCAAGCCCACACCUCCCCCCACGGCGCCCAAGCCCCCCAAGCCCCACGCCGCCAUCCAGUCGGUGAGCGCCAGCUCCACGCCGGCCCCGUCGCCAGCCCGGCAGCUGAGCCCCGCGGCCAAGCCCUCCAGCACGCCGCCCUCGCUCUGCUCCAGCCCCGCCAAGCCCCUGUCCCCCGGCGCGCAGCCCCAGCAGGUGCCGGUGAAGCCGCCGCGCUCCACCAUCGCCAGCCCGUCCGUCGACAGCGCCGGCCCCGAGCUGGCGCAGCAGAAGCUGGAGGAGACGAGCGCGUCCCUGGCCGCAGCGCUGCAGGCUGUGGAGGAGAAGAUCAAGCAGGAGGACAGUCAGGCGGCAGACUCGGCCGUGGAGUCGAAGAGCACCGUGAGCAUCCUGGACGACAUCGGCAGCAUGUUCGACGACCUGGCGGACCAGCUGGAUGCCAUGCUGGAGUGAGGGGCGCCAGGGCCCCGAGAACCUCAGGGCUUACGUGGGCACAAGGG